AUGGCCUCUUUUCGAAAGAUAGUGCCGGUUUCGGCACUUACACGUGAAGGAGGCGAUGAUAUAAUGGAGAAGAAAACAAGAAAUGAAUAUCGGAAGGAGAAGGACCUUGAGGAGGAGCGGAAAGCAGGAACAGCACCCGCUAUGGUUGAUGUAACAACCGGACGAGAUAUCAACCCUCAUAUACCGCAGUUUAUUUCUCAAAAUCCUUGGUACGUACCUAGCGAAGGGCCUACAUUGCAACAUCAACGUCCCCAUGCUGAAAGACAGAAGGACAUGGCCACCAUUGAUCAAUGGUACAAAAAAGGUACAACGGGAAAGGCAGCAACGAAAUUUCGGAAGGGCGCUUGCGAGAACUGCGGUGCGCUUGGGCACAACAAGCGUGAUUGUUUCGAACGUCCUCGAAAACUUGGUGCAAAUCGCACCGGAGAAGAUAUUGCGCCCGAUGAUCAUGUCCAGCCCAAUCUUUUGCUGGGUUUUGAUGCGAAGAGAGAUCGAUGGAACGGGUUCGAUCCGAGCACUCAUGAUCAGGUAAUUAAAGAGUUCGAACAUUUGGAAGAGACAAGAAAAGCGAUUCGAGCAGAACAGAUUCGAGCUGGAAUUCUUGAUCCUGAGAAGGAAGGUGCUGAAGCAGAUGACGACAAAUAUGCAGAAGAUGCGGAUAUGGCUGGAGUCUCCGUAGACAUGGAUUCACGAACAAGAAUCACUGUCCGAAAUCUGAGAAUCCGUGAAGAUACGGCAAAGUAUCUUUUCAACCUUGCUGAAAAUUCGCCCUAUUACGAUCCAAAGUCUCGGUCUAUGCGUGAGAAUCCGUUUGCCAACGUCCAAGGAAAAGAGAAAGAAGCAGCUCGAUUUGCUGGUGAAAAUUUCAUAAGGUAUACUGGUGAAGUCGUAGAGGCUAAUGAAGCGCAGGUGUUUGCUUGGCAAGCACGAUGCAAGGGUAUUGACGUGCAUGCUUUGGCUGAACCAACUAAGCUUGAAGCUUUAAAGAAAGAGUUUAAUAAGGAGAAAUCUACUACUGACAACGAACAGCGCAAGACGUUGUUAUCGAAAUAUGGAGGUGCUGAAUACCUGGAAUCAACACCAAAAGAAUUACUAUUUGCACAGACUGAGCAGUACGUGGAGUAUAGCAGAAAAGGAAAAGUGUUGAAAGGAUCUGAACGCGCCGUUGUAAGAAGUCGUUAUGAGGAGGACGUAUACCCUAUGAACCACACAAGCGUAUUUGGAUCCUAUUGGAAGGAUGGCAAAUGGGGCUAUAGAUGUUGUCACUCCUUUGUGAAAAAUUCAUAUUGUCUAAAGGGUGAAGGUUCAGAAGCCAAAGAAAAAGUCGGUGACGUAGUGGCGACAAAGAUAGAUGAGGCCUCCGAAAAAUCGGAAGUGGCCACUGAUGUUACUUCGACAAGUAAGGACAAGAAGAACGACUCAGAUAACGCAAGUACACCGUCAAGCUCGGACAGUUCUUCUUCGGAAUCUUCAAGCGAAUCUGAGGACUCGGAAAAAGAACGGGAAAUGGAAAGAGAAAGAGAACGAAGGAAGCGGGAAGCUAAACGACGAGAAAAGAAGCGAGAAAAACGGAAGAGAAGAAAGCAAAAAGCCAGUGAAAGACCGAAAAAGACAAAGAAAGGAACGUCUGAUUCCGAUUCUGAGUCGAGUUCUGAAAGCGAAGGAGAAAACGACAAAGAUGACUUAAAGGUUGCAGUGGAGAAGAUGGAAAAAGAUAGGUUAGAAGGGCGUCGGACAUAUCUGGAGGGAGAUCGCAAACGGAAGUACAACACCACGUAUGAAGACAAACCUUUGACUGAAAAAGAACAGGAAGCUUAUAGACUUACCGCGAUACACUCAGCUGAUCCUAUGGCUUCAUAUAUGCAGGAGAAGUUUGAAAAGAAGGCUCGGAAAUGUUAA